CUUUCUGCCUGUGGACGCCGCCGAGUAAGCAUCGUUAAAGUCUCCCCUCCCACCGCCGUCAUGUCUAAGUCAGAGUCUCCCAAAGAGCCUGAACAGCUGCGAAAGUUCUUCAUCGGAGGUCUGAGCUUUGAAACAACCGAUGAGAGUCUGAGGAGCCAUUUUGAGCAAUGGGGAACACUUACGGACUGUGUGGUAAUGAGAGAUCCGAACACCAAGCGCUCCAGAGGCUUUGGGUUUGUCACCUAUGCCACUGUGGAGGAGGUGGAUGCAGCCAUGAAUGCAAGGCCACACAAGGUGGAUGGAAGAGUUGUGGAACAAAAGAAGGCUGUCUCAAGAGAAGAUUCUCAAAGACCUGGUGCCCACUUAACUGUGAAAAAGAUUUUUGUUGGUGGCAUUAAAGAAGACACUGAAGAACAUCAUCUAAGAGAUUAUUUCGAACAGUAUGGGAAAAUCGAAGUGAUUGAGAUCAUGACUGACCGAGGCAGUGGCAAAAAGAGGGGUUUUGCUUUUGUAACAUUUGAUGACCAUGAUUCUGUAGACAAGAUUGUCAUUCAAAAAUACCAUACUGUGAAUGGCCACAACUGUGAAGUAAGGAAAGCGCUCUCUAAGCAAGAGAUGGCUAGUGCUUCAUCCAGCCAAAGAGGUCGAAGUGGUUCUGGAAACUUUGGUGGUGGUCGUGGAGGUGGUUUUGGUGGGAAUGACAACUUUGGUCGCGGAGGAAACUUCAGUGGUCGAGGUGGCUUUGGUGGCAGUCGAGGUGGUGGUGGAUAUGGUGGCAGUGGGGAUGGCUAUAACGGAUUUGGUAAUGAUGGAAGCAACUUUGGAGGUGGCGGAAGCUAUAAUGAUUUUGGCAAUUACAACAAUCAAUCCUCAAAUUUUGGACCCAUGAAAGGAGGCAAUUUUGGAGGCAGAAGCUCUGGCCCUUAUGGUGGUGGAGGCCAAUACUUCGCCAAACCACGAAACCAAGGUGGCUAUGGUGGUUCCAGCAGCAGCAGCAGCUAUGGCAGUGGCAGAAGGUUUUAAUUACUGCCAGGAA